UGGGUCACUGAUUUAAGACUCCAAAAGUGUAUACUUGCCAUGGAGAUCAUCGUAAGACUGUUUCUAUUUAACACUCCUUAAUCCAAAAAGGCGCAUCUAAAAUAUCCCGACUUAUGAAUACAGCUGUCGCGCUAAGGUUGAAUGAACAAAACGACAUGUUUAUUUUCCUCUUAAAAUGAUAUGGUAUCGCUGAUCGAUUUACAUUUAAAUCAUGUUACGACCAUGGAAGGCGUGUUGUAUAUUUACUUGUAAAUUUGUGGAGGAAAAAGGAUAUCUAUACACAAACUGGCAUGGAGAGGCCAAUGGAUGAGCACAUCAUUCGUCCAUAUGGUCGGUCUAAAAUUCGGCCCGAUAUAGACAGGGGCUGGGCGUGGGUGGUCAUGGCUGCUGUUUAUAUGGGCAUGAUGAUUUACUGCAUCACGCUGUAUAUGAACGGUGUCCUGUACCUAGCCUUGCUGGACAAGUAUGGAGGGACUGAUGUGAAGGCCUCAUUGGUCGGAGCUUUCGCAGGGGGACUUCUGUGUUUUCUAGGACCCGUGGCGGGAAUUCUCAACAAUCUGUUCAGCUGCAGGUUUUCUAUUGUUCUUGGUGGUGUUUUCACCUCCGUUGGGUUUGCUUCCAGCGCCUUUGUCCCAUCACUGGACUGGGUGAUCUUCACAGCUGGAGUACUCGUCGGUACAGGGUAUGGAAUGUCUUCGUCGGGUAUCAUUUGUUCACUUGGCUUUUACUUUAAACGAUAUCAAAACCAAGCUUUGUCGUGUGCGUUUUUGGUUGUCGGAGUAGCCAUGUUCGUUUCUGCUCCUCUUGGCUUGUACUUGAUUGACAAGUUCGGAUUAUCACAGGCCUUUCUAAUAUUGGCCAGUGUACAGUUACAAAUGUGUGUUGUUGGAGUGAUAUGUCGGCCUUCAACGAUAGAACAAGAUGUUCGUGCGCUCAAGAAUUUAGUUCGAAAAAAAAAGACUGAAUCGCUCUUCAAUUCAUAUUUGGACUUUUCACUAUUAACAAAUAAGGCAUAUUUUCUAUUUCUUCUGAGUACCUCGGCAUGGAACUUUGCUUUAACUUCAGUUCAUGUUCACCUUCCGAAUUAUGUGUUCAAACUAGGAGGACAAUCGCACGACAUCAGCCUCAUUAUGAUAGUAUUUUCUGUUGCAAACACUAUCGGAAGACUUUUAGGUUCCUUCACAGUGACCAAAGGCCAAUACAAAGCCAUAUAUGUGCACUUGUUAGUUCUUGUUAUAUCUGGUGUGGCAACAUCACUAUUCAUGUUUUAUUCCAAAGAAGUUGCUGGUAUAUAUAUCUUUACAUCACAGCUAGGCUUAUUUACCGGAUGGCCGAAUGCAAUGAUGACACCAUUGUCCUUGAGCUUUGUUGGAAUAACAAAACUCUCUGAAGCUUAUGGAUUGGCGUACUUAUUCUGUGGAAUAGGAGUAUCUACUGGACCAGUUUUGAUAGGUUAUUUGUACAGCAUGACGGGAUCAUAUGAAUACAGUUUUAUAACAGCAGGUGUGGUUCUGAUUCUAGGAAGCUUAUCUGGUUUUGGUGCCAUGUGCUGUAGGACGGAUGGCCACAAUAAACCAGCCGUAUAUUCGAUUGACGUUGAAGGAGAAAAGUUGGAAGAAGAAGAGUUAACAGUUGUUGACAAUCACGUAACUCCUGAUAGGUCUGGCUUAUCGGCCAGCGGAACUAGAAUAUAUGGACACGACGAAACAUGCGAACAAGGGCAACCUCUUGUGGGGGAGAAAAACGAGAUAAAAAGUCAUUUUUCAUAAAUAAAAUAAAUAAAAUACAUGAAAAAG